AUGACAACGCAACCUGCUUACCAGCAGCGACAAUCACGUCUUCUGGGUCUGCCCCGAGAACUCCGCGAUGAGAUCUACACUUACUACUUACAAGAGCCUGGAGGCUACGUACACUCCCCGAGCACCAACAAGCUUCGGUGUUACGAUGGCCAGAUCAUCGAUUUCAGCUUGGUGUGGACCUGCAAGAUGGUCGCUAGCGAGAUGCGAGAUCUGCCACUGAGGGUGAAUGAAGUGGUCUUUAGGCCCUUUCAAGAUGUCAAGACCUCGCCUGAAGGGUCUGACAUCUGGAGCGCGUGGUCGCAGGCUGGCAAGUACGACUUCUUGUUAGGGCGGCUUCAUCUUUUGCAGGAAGAGAUGUUCGCGUUGGCGGCGACUACACAUGGUCAGUCAACCUUUGUUCUUAUCCCGCAUCUACCAAUACCGAAUGUUGCUUACGGUCCUGCUAUAGAUACCACAUCGGCCACGAGACAGAUCUCGCAACGUCAUCCUGAAAGCUGCAUAGGCGACAUUAUGGCACGGAUUAUGAAACAUGCAAACAAAGACUAUGUCCCCCUCGCAGCUGUUAUGGGCGGCCCGCAGACGAUGACAUACUAUGAUCGCGAGGUUAUACAGGGGAGCCUCAUGCAACUGACCUCGCAUGCCGGCUUUGCAGAACGGCUUAGAUCGCGGGGUUGGUUUAUCGACAUCCUCGGCUUCCUCACCUCACGACCACCGCUCUCACGCAGUACCCACUUGGUCCAGAUGGAGAAAAGAUCGACUGCUUGGUCCCGUGUCGGGAAGGAACCAGUAUUCAAGGCCGAACAUGAUGUACGCUAUGCAGAACAACUCAGCCUCAUGCGCCUCGAGGAAAUGCGAUUAAUCGUGGCUAAGAUCAAUUGGCAACCUUGGAUUGUAGCUACGGACGAAGAAAUGUCCAGGUUGCGAGAUCUGUUCGAGACGCCAUGUCCGAAAGCCUGGUCCAGCUAUGAAGAUAACCUAGCUUCUCUGCAAUACUUCCAAUCGGCCGCGUCACAAGCCGUCCGCUUUGUGGAUAUGCUCCAAACCCAGUCUCGGAAGCAGAUGCGAAAGAUCAAGAUUCUGGAAAACGAAAAGCCCCUGGAUUAUCUGUGGAUAGACAUGUUGACCUCUGGCGAUGCGUAUUCCCACAUGACUACGGGAAGCUCGCGGAAAUGA